CAGAAUACUCAUCUGUUGACAACUGUUUAGUGGCACGUAUGAGAAGAGAAAAAAAGUGUCUGGAAUGUCAUGAAAAACAAGCGGGCUUGGCUUCCGUACCCAUUAAAAGGCAUUGGUGGUGUCAGCAGCGGCAGAGGGAGGAUUUGGGUGUUUUAACUCCGUUUCUGUGCUUUGGUGCUCUGUGAGCCUGCCCAGCCCAAGCCCCUCACGGUGCCCGUCCCGCUGCUGCUCCCUGGGGGCACCAGGCAUGCCGGCCCGGAGCCUGGGGAGGGGCAGGGGUUUGGAAUUACGGCUCUUUCCAGGCAGAUUUGCGCCUAGACGGGGCAGGGUGAGGCGUCCUGCUCCGGUUGUCCCGGAACAAGGUGAAAUCGGUGCUCACGGAGCUGCGCUGCCGCUGCCGCGCCCCGCGGGGCCCUGAGGGCAGCGCGGCCUCUCCGGGAGGCGCCGAGGCCGCUGCCCGCACUGCGGGACAGGGGCUCGGUGCUGCUGCUGUUGCUAGAGAACAACCUCCCCCUGGAGCUAGGGAAAACAAGAGUUUCUGUCAUGAGCCCUCUGGAUGAUUCUGUCCUGUGUAGUUAAGAGACACCUGGGGCUUCUGUUUGUGUAACUCCUUGCUUGACAACAGUUGAUGCAGCUGGCUCAGAGUACAUUUUUGUACAGGAUCUUCUAGGAAGAGAAUGAGAAAGAUUUCUUGAUAAAAUUCAGGUGCAGAGAUUGCAAGCAUUACCUUAAGUCCCUAAUUUCAGACCAAAGAUCUCUUCUAAAAUUGGGCCUGUCUUGUGAUCGUUGACAUCUUGAAGAAAGGAGCUCAAAGAAUGGAUGAAGACUUUAAAGCACAGGCAUUUGACUCUACUCUUCCAAGUCCAUCAGAGACUUUACUUUCCAUUCGACUGUUAGACUUCAAAACAAGUUUAUUGGAGGCAAUAGAAGAACUGCGUAUAAGAAGGGAAACGGAAACUAAUUAUGAAGACCAAAUAAACAAAAUUGUUAUAGAGAAACAAGAACUUGAAUGGCAGAAGGAAACUCUGCAGCAUCAGACUGACACACUGCAACAACAGAACAAAGAAGCUAUGGCAGCUUUUAAAAAACAGUUACAGGCAAGGAUGUUUGCCAUGGAAGAAGAAAAGAUUUCAAAAUAUACUUUACAAAAGAAGCUGAAUGAAAUGGAUCAAAAAUUGCAGAUGCACUUAACAGCAAAAGAGGAGCAUCAUAAGAAACUGAAUGAAAUUGAGAGGUGUUAUGCUACUAUUACAUCUCGGUUUGGAAUUGUGAAAGGUGUUCAUGGCAAACUAGAGCACAGUGUGCAGGAAGCCAUACAGCACAAUAAGAAAUUAGCAUCAGUGAAUAAAAGACAAGAGACUGAAAUAAGCAAUCUGAAAGAAGAACUGAAGAAAGUAACUACAGACUUGAUAAGGUCCAAGGUCACCUCUCAGUACAGGGUGGGAGAAGAAAACAUCAAUCUUGCAGUCAAGGAAAAACAGUUUCAAGAACUGCAACAGAAAAUCAGAAUGGAGACAGCAGUCAGUAAAAAAGUUCAAGAAGAAAACACUCACAUUAAAGAAGAAAAGCUGGAAAUUCUCAGCUCUCUACAGUGUGUGCAGGAGCUGCUUCAACGAAUAACCCAAACGAAUAUUAGAAUGGAAAGUGAAUUAAAUGCACUGAAAGAAGACUAUCAGGCCCUUGAAAGAGAUAAUGAGCUGCAAAGGGAGAAGGCAAAGGAAAAUGAAGAAAAGUUCCUUAAUCUUCAGAAUGAGCACGAAAAGGCACUAAGAACUUGGAAAAAUGAUGAGGAAAACAUGAGAAGAGAAAUACACAGUAUUAAAAAUGAGCUGAAUUCCCUUAAAGGACUUCAUAGACAUCUUGAAGAUUAUCAUCCUCCUCCAGGAAAUCAGCAUUCUGAGCAAGUGGAAAAUCUGCAGAUGCAGUCACCAGCUCAGCCCACACCAACAAAUGUGAGUGGUCAAGAACACUCAAAAGACAGUGAAAUACAGGUUAUUCAGAAAGAGCAUGAGUUUAUGCAGUCUGUAAUAAGAAAAUAUGGUAAUUGUGGAAAUGAAGAAGAAACUGAAGUAAAAAACACAAGGGACCAGUCUUCAAGCAUUGACGAAUUAAAGAUAGAACAAAGGUCACAAGUUCUUGAGAACAGUUUUAAGGAUGAAAUUAAUGUUGCUAGCCCUUGUGAAGUAAAACAAAGGGAGGCUUCUCCCAGGAACACCCUCUGCACAGAUACUGAUUUAAUUACCCAAGGACACACCUCAGAAAUGCAUGUCAGUGGAUGCAGAGAGGCAGAAGAUGCAGGAACAGCACACAGAAGGUUACCAGAUGAAAACAAUGCAGAUUCAGAUCAAAAGCCAUGGGACAGCACUGAGCCUUUGGCAGAACACCACACACAAACAAGGAAGGACUUUUUGGACAGUGCUGAGACUGUGGGUGCUGACAGGAAAAACAGAAGUCAGGAGACUGACACGAGCAAGGAAGAACUGUGCAAUAGCGCAGAUGAAUCGACUUGUGCCAAGGCAGAUGCAAACUCAGACACCAGACAGCACAACAGAAGUGGCUUCACACCUGAAGCACCCAAACACGAGUCUGGAGCUGUUCUUUGCACUGAGAAGAGUGCUCUGCAUGACAGAAGUACAGACAACCACCAAGCUAAGGAGUUAAGUUUUGGCAUCCUACCUUACACUAAAGAGAAUUCUCUAGCAGAAUACCAAAAAUGCAGCUUGCUGAAUAGUGACAAUUCUCUAGGCAGUGGAUUACAUAAAACAGAAAAAAACUUAAAUCUGAGUGGUUUACAUAGAGAUAAACUUCCUCUGGAACAGACACACGUAGAUGCUGAAGGCAGAAAUGAUGACAAUACCAGAAACAUGAACAGCACUGGUGUUCUGGAAACUGAUGCUCAACAUCCACCAACUGUUUGUUGUGAUAACACAAGUGCUGAUGAUGGUGCUGCAAAAGAAUGCAGAGACAGUAAGUCUCUCUUAGGUACUUUUAAUUUAUGCCUCCCAGAAACUGAGAGAGGAAUAAGUGCAGAUGAUAUGCACAGCAAGCAACCUGAAAAAGGAAGUGCUAAACAAAGAGGGAAUGCUACAAACACAUGGACUUCCAAUGCUGAAGCCAAAUCUCCAGUAAAGGCUGAUGGUCUCGAAAUUGCUCAUAAAACCCCCCCAGCAGAUAGGUCACAUACAGAUAAACUAAUUCCACGUAAAAAUGUUAACAAUGGUACUCAGAUACACUCAAUCAAAACUGGACACUCCCUGGAGAUUAAUACUUCAACAAAUAACACAUUGUUAAAAGAGAAAAAAGACUUGCUGAGUAGUACAGUUCCAGGAACAAAGUUUGCUGAGGGUCACCUGAAAGAAUCAUGCUCUUUACCCAUGAGAACAUCUGGAAAUUUAGUAAACACAAGUGUAAGGUCAUCCUUUGAUCUUUCAACCUCAGAUAAAAAAGCUGAGAAAACUCCACUAUUCCUGAAUUUUUUAGCUCUCAGUUCUUGUUCAAGAGUAAAUCAAAUGAAAGGUCAAGCGACAUGGACUUCAGCUUCCAAGGAGCCUUCCCUUUUGAAAGACAAACUACCAUGCUUAGUGGAAAACACAAACAUUAUUUCAAACACACAGAGUCAAAAUCUCAGUGAAAAUGUGGACAGUGGAGAAACAGGACAAGGUUCUAGCAGUUUGAACAGAGCUGCCAACACUCUGAAUACCUCCAGUAUCCACCGAGAGCCCCAGGGAGAGCCUAGUGAAGAAUGGAAUGCUACAGCAAAGGCUUUUUAUGAUUCUUCUUUUCCCACAGAACACGUUAAAGAAGGAUUUGCUGCUUUACAGAACAAGCAGAAAUCUUCUCACAUGACAGUCAGUCCAGCAAGAAGUGACAAAGCACUCAAAGGUGAGGACAGCUGCUCUCUUCGGAACUCCGUUAUACAAAACCAAAUAGGAGGAAUUGAGAAAUUACUGAAUUUGGAGAGACUUCAUUCAGCAAAAAAGAGAAAAUACGAAGAAGGCCAGUGAAGACAAGCACCAGGAGAUAAGCAUUCUUUAGGCAUAGACAGAUCACUUACCUAACCCAGAUUUGUAUAGGUAUUCCCACAAAAUACGGUUUGUUUGUGUACUUUCAUGUUUAAUAUAACAUGUUAACAGUUCUUCUGUUCCAAAAUGUAUGCAAUUCCUACCCCUAAUGUUAGCUCUGCUUCUCCAAUCAAAUUCAAGUUAUUAUUUGCUUUGCCCAAAGUUUAAAAGUUCUUAAGUUAAUGUUUUUAUAUAUGUUUAGUAAAAUUGAAUAAUUACUUAACAGUA